AUGGACGCCUUUGCGCAGGAGGCGUUCGCCCUGUUGGGGUUAGGUCUCCUGGUAAUCUGUCUAAGAAUGUUUGCCAGGAUAUCUUUAGGUGGCUUCAAGGGCCUCCAGCCAGACGACUAUCUUAUGGUGCUAGCAGCGGCAGUCUACUCGGUAGAGACGUACUUGGCGUACUCGGUUGGGGCAUUCUGGAAAGGCCUUGCCAAUAAUGCCAUGACGGAUGAGCAACGGCGUCUCCUCGAUCCAAACAGCGAGGAGUUCAGACUGCGGGUCAACGGCUCCAAAACGCAAGUCGCUGGCUGGUCCACUUACACCUUUUUGCUGUGGAUCAUGAAGGCUGCCAUGUGCACCUUCUACCUUCGCCUGACGGAUGGCCUUGGGUUUCGAAAGCGGAUUUACACCGGAUUCGUUCUCAUUUUCACAACAUGGAUAGCUGUCCUCUUUUCAAUUCUGCUCAGUUGUCGCCCGCUCAGCAAAAACUGGCAAAUAUACCCUGAUCCGGGCAACUCCUGUCAGCCAGCCAUAUCAAAGGUCGACAUACUUGUCACAGUAGUCUUGAAUGUUUUGACCGAUCUCUACCUCAUGACCAUCCCCAUCCCGAUGCUGUGGCAUUCUUCGCUGAGGCCCCUUAAGAAGGCUGGUCUCAUCUUUCUGUUCUCCGGUGGGGCGUUCGUGACGGUCGCAGGCAUCCUGCGCUGCGUUCUGAUCAUCACGGACCCGGUCAACGGCGCUCAGCAGGCGGGUUCGUGGGCCGUGCGAGAGACAUUUGUGGCGGUGGUGACGUCCAACUUGCCAAUGAUCACGCCGCUCAUCACCCGCUUGUUCCGCCCCAUCAUCGGGAGCCUCCGGUCACUGUCGUCAUCACAGAACAGAACGGCCGGCCACUCGCGGAGCAUGGAGGGCAAGCCGAGAGGCUUCAAGCUUGAAGAGAAGAACCCGCGCCGCGGCAUGGGCCCGCGAAGCGUCCAUCCCAUUCCUAACUUCACGGCCAAUGACAGCGAGGAGCAUAUCUACACCCAAAACGACAACGAUGACUUGCAGACGCGGCAGGUAGACACCCCCUCGCCCGUGCAGCUCACUGAUCUAGAGGCGGCGCGUGUCACUUCUUCUAUGAACGGUGUCAUUGUCAAGCAAACAUCAGUGGAGGUAGUAGAGACACGCAAGAGCCUUGCCGGCCUAGCGCCGGACGGGCGCGAUCUCAGCGACUAUUACUUUCUCACACAUACGAGGAGAGACGGGGACAUGCCGGCAGCAACUCCAGCAAGAAGAGUUGAGAGGAAGCCGAAGAGGUCUAGUGUGAGUUUUGGACUGUUUGCUAGAUCAUGA